AUGUCACCGUUCUUCAUCGAAAAGGCGGUGGCAUCUCUGUCAAAGAACGUGAAAGAAAUCAAACGCCUUAGAUCAGGUGACCUACUGCUGCAAUGCACUUCUGAAGCCGACUGCGAGCGUAUACUGAACACACAGGAGAUGCACGGGAUCAAAAUAUCAGCAACCUUGCAUAGGACCCUUGAUACCUGCCGUGGUGUCGUGUCACUAGCGGAACUCAUUGACGUUCCAUCAGAAGAGAUACUGGAAAAUCUAAAAAGCCAAAAAGUGAUUGAUGUCAGGAAAAUAAAAAUCCGGAAAAACAACGAGUAUAUAACAACGCGCAACACAAUCCUCACGUUCGACUAUCCGACUUUACCAGAAAGGCUAAAGGUAGGGCAUCUGACUGCAGAGGUGCGGCCAUAUAUCCCUAAUCCACUCAGAUGCUUCAAGUGUAACUGCUUUGGCCAUCCUUCCGAUGCUUGCAGAGGUUCUGCGUGCUGUGCCCGCUGCAGCAAACAGGACCACGACUCUAAGGAGUGCAGAGGGCCGGAUCACUGUGUCAACUGCGCAGGUGACCACCCUUCGUACUCUAGGUCUUGUCCAAAGUGGAAGUUUGAGAAAGAGGUGAUGCACAUCAAAGUCACACAGAAACUCAGUUAUCCAGAAGCCAGGAAGAAGGCAUCUCAGUUCUCGUUCCAGAAAUCCUUUUCAUCUGUUGUUAAAGAGAAACCAAGGAUGAUGUCAUGUGCAACACAGACAGAGAAUACCAUACAAAGUGAAGUAACAUGUACAACUCUUUCUCAAACACCAACUCCUGUAGCAGUAACCACAGUUUCGCAAUCCUCUUCCGCGGCGUCAUUUUCACAGACACCGCCUUCGUCAUCGCAAACUGUGGAGGCAAGCUCCAUGGAAUGCGAUGACGACACGAGCUCGCAAGGCUCUUUUACGAGCGUGAGCUCGCAAACACAAAGGAAGCCUAAGAGCAGUAUGUCGGGGAGUGGCUCACUCCCCGAUAUAUCACCUAAGGAACUUGCGGCUGCUCGGAAGAAAACUCCGAGGCAGCCCAUAAUGCCCCCAAAGAAGAAAUAA